GUGUACCACGCCUUGACCAAUGACCACAAAAACAAAACAAAACAAACUCUCUCAACUUCAUUUUUGUCUUUAUUCUCACUUUACUUUACUCUCCAAAUUCCAGAACUUUCUUCUCUCUUCAUUAUUCUCCUCUAUCAAACCCUACUGCAACAACAACAAGAUAACCUUAACUCAACAAUCUAUUUUGAAUAAUGAAUGCUGAGGGUGCUGAUCAGCUAAAUUUUUGUGGUGGUGAUGAUGAUGGGAAGGAACCUGUUUCCUAUGAAGAGUUUGAAUCUCAAGAUGGUGAUGAUGAUGAGGAUACUCCUUUGACACCGAGGUUUUCGAGGAUUUCGAAUUUGAGAGCAUGUAGUAGUAAACUUGAUACUGCUACACUGCCGAUUAAGAGGCUUUUUUAUGACAGUAAUUCCUUGGAUAUUUCUGUUAAGAAAUCAAAGGUGUCACUGGAUGAUGAUGACGGCGAAGAGGACAAAUCAAAGGUGUCACCCUGUGAUGGUCACGACACAGAUGGAGAUGGUAUUCCUUUGUCGAAUAGAACUGAAAGGCCGGGAAAAUCGGCUGAUAGCCCGUUUUCCUCGCUGAAGAAAGGACUUAAAUUGGUCCAAAAAUCGUUUGAGGAAUGCAAAAGGAAGAGACGGGUAGAAAUAAAGAGAUUGCAGUCCAUAAAAAGGGAUAUUGAAGAGUGCAGCAAAGAGCUUGGGAAUAAAAAGACACAAGUUCAUUGUGUUAGAAGAAUUAAUGAAAUUCACAACAAAAUUCUGGGGAAAAUUGAAAUGAAGGAUGAGGAACUGAAGGCUCUUUUGCAGAAAAUCGAUGAAUGUAGUAUGGAACUUAAGGCCAAAGAGAAAGAUCUUGAUGCAAUGAACAAUUUAAUUGACGGACAAGCAGAUAAAUUAGAGUCUGAAGGGAAGCGACUUGAAGAUCUGGUUAAAGAACUUGAGUCAAAAGAGAAGCUGUGUGAAGGGCGGAAGGAGAAGCACUUUGAAGGGAGGGUAAAGAUGCUGGAGGCAAGAGAGAAUCAGCUUGAAGGCCAUGAGAAGGAAUUUAAAUUAAAGGAGGAGGAACUUGAAGGUCAUAUGAAUGAGCUUGAAUCAGAAAAGAAGCAUUUAAAAAAUUGGGUGACGGAGCUUGAUACAAAAGAGAAGCAAGUUGAAGGAAGAGCAAUGGAGCUUGAGUCAAAAGAGAUGAAACACAAAGACCGGGUAAAGGUGUUUGAAUCAAAAGAGAAGGAAUUUGAAUGCCAAAUGAAGGAGAUUGAGUCUAAACAGAAGUAUUUUGAAAGUCAGAUGAAGGAGUAUGAGUCAAAAGAGAAGCAACAUGAAGGCCGGGUGAAGGAGCUAGAGUCAAAAGAGAAGCAAAUUGAAGAACGAGCAAUUGAGCUAGAGUCAAAAGAGGUGCAACAUGAAGGCCGAGUAAAGGUGUUUGAAUCAAAAGAGAAGGAAUUUGAAUGCCAAAUGGAGGAGCUUGAGUCAAAACAGAAGUAUUUUGAAAGUCGGAUGAUGGAGCAUGAGACAAAGGAGAAGCAACAUGAAGGCCGGGUGAAGGACCAUGAAUCAAAAGAGAGAGAAUUUAAAGGUCAAGUGAAGGAGCUUGAGUCAAAACAAAAGCAUUUUAAGAGCCAAAUGAAGGAGCUUGAGUCGAAAGAGAGAGAAUUUGAAGGCCAAGUGAAGGAGCAUGAGUCAAAACAAAAGCAUUUUAGGAGCCAAAUGAAGGAGCUUGUGUCAAAAGAGAUAGAAUUUGAAGGCCAAGUGAAGGAGCUUGAGUCAAAACAAAAGCAUUUUGAGAGCCAAAUGAAGGAGCUUGAGUCAAAAGAGAGAGAAUUUGAAGGCCAACUGAAGGAGCUGGAAUCUAAAACAAAACAUUUAGAAAGCAAGAGGGAGGAGUUCAAAUCAAAAUUGAGGCCAUUGCAAGGACAAAUUAAGGAACUUGACUCCAAAAAGAAGCGACUUGAUGAACAAGCGAAGGAGCUAGAUUCAAAACAGAAGUUGUUUCAUAGCCAAGUGAAAGAGUUUGAAUCAAAAGAGAACCAACUUGUAGGCCAAAUGAAAGAGUUUGAAUCAAAAGAGAGGCAAUUUGAAGACCAAAUGAAGGAGCAGGUGCUGAAACAAAAGCAUUUUGAAAGCCGAAUGAGUGACCUUGAGUCGAAAGAGAAGCAACUUGAAGGCCGAUUGAAGGAGCAUCAAUCAAAUGAGAAAGAAUUUAAAGGCCAAGUGGAGGAGCUGGAAACUAAAAAGAAGCAUUUUGAAAGCCGAAUGGAAGAGCUUGAGUCAAAAGAGAAGGAACAUGAGUGCCGAGUGAAGGAGUGUGAAUCAAAAGAGAAGCAAUUUGAAGGCCAGGUGAUGGAACUUGAAUCUAAAAAGAAGAAUUUCGAAAGUGAGGUAGAGGAUCUCAAGUCAAAAUUUAGGCCAUUGAAAGAACAAGUUAAGGAACUUGACUUUAAAGAGAAGCAACUUGAUGGCCAAGUGAAGGAGCUGGAAUCAAAAAAGAAGCUAUUUCAAAGCCAAGUGAAGGAAUUAGAGUCAAAAGAGAACCAACUCGUAGGCCAAAUGAAAGAGUUUGCAUCAAAAGAGAGGGAAUUUGAAGGCCGAAUGAAGGAGCAGGUAUUAAAACUGAAGCAUUUCGAAAGCCAUUUCGAAAGCCGGAUGAGUGAGCUUGAGUCGAAAGAGAAGCAACUUGAAGGCCGGUUGAAGGAGAAUGAAUCAAAUGAGAGAGAAUUUAAAGGCCAAGUGAAGGAGCUGGAAUCUAAAAAGAAGCAUUUUGAAAGCCAGAUGAAGGAGCUUGAGUCAAAACAGAAGAAACAUGAAGGCCAAGUGAAGGAGCAUGAAUCAAAAGAGAGAGAAUUUGAAGGCCAGGUGAAGGAGCUACAAUCUAAAACGAAGCAGGUUGAAAGCCAAGUGAAGGAUUUGUUAUCAAAAGAGAAUCAUUUCAAAAGCCGGAUGAAGGACCUUGAGUUAAACAAGAAGAAACAUGAAGGCCGAGUGAAGGAACACGAGUCAAAAGAGAGAGAAUUUGAAGGCAAAGUGAAGGAGCUGGAAUCUAAAAAGAUGCAGUUUGAAAGCCAAGUUAAGCAUUUAGAGUCAAAAGAUAACCAACUUGUAUGCCAAAUGAAGAAGUUUGAAACAAAAGAGAGGGAAUUUGAAUGCCAAAUGAAGGAGCAGGUAUUGAAACAUAAGCAUUUCGAAAGCCGAAUGAAUGAGCUUGAGUCAAAAGAGAAGAAAUUCAAAGGUCAAAUGAAGGAGUUGGAAUUUCAAAAGAAACACUUUGAAAUCCAAAUGAAGGAGUUAGAGUCAAUAGAUAACCAACUUGCAGAAAGAGUGAAGGAAUUUGAAAGCCGAAUGAAGGAGCUUGAUUCAAAAGAAAAGCAGUUCGAAGAACAAAUGAAGGAGUUUCAAUCAAAAGAGGAGGAAUUUGAAGAACAAGUGAAGGACAUUAAAACAAAAGAGGAGGAACUCGAAUCGAAAAAGAAGCACUUUGAAGGACGGUGGAAUGAAAUUGAGUCAAAAGAGAAGAAAUUCAAAGUAAAGGUGAAGGAGCUCGAGUUAAAAGAGAAGCAGUUUCAAGGACAAGUCAAAGAAUUUGAAUCAAAGCUGAAUAAAUAUGAUGAACAACUGAAGAGGCCUGAGCCAAGGAAAAAAUAUACUGAGAAAGAAAAAGAAUUGGUUGCAUCUUACAUGGAUGAUCAAUUAAGUCAUACCAAUGGUGGAACAACUUUGCAGUUUACCACAAGUGAGCAAACUGACGGAACUGAGUCACUUCACAAGGGUAUCUUAGUUAAUAUUGUAGAAUCAUCCGAUCCAUCAAGACUUGUUUUGGAUAUGAUACAGAACCCCGUUAUUCCACUGUGUAAGAAGGGAGACAAUGCUUUGAUUAUUGCUGAUUAUCAGAUCUAUCUGCUUGAACAACUGCUGAGAAUUUCACCAAAUAUUAAACCUUGUGUAAGAGAAGAAGCAUUGAAACUAGCGCUUAACUUGGAAGCUUACAUUAAAGAAAAUACUGAAAAUUCUUUGGUGGUUCUUGGUUUUCUACUGAUUUUGUCGAUUUAUGGAUUGCUUGAUUCUUUCAAUGAAGAUGACAUUUUGGAGCUUUUUGCAUUUGUUGCUCCACACAAGAUUGCUGCGGAGCUGUUUGGAACCCUGGGUUUUGCAAACAAAGUUUCUGAUUUUGUUAAGAAUCUUGUCAUGAGGAAGCAAUUUGUUGAAGCUGUUAGAUUCAGUUAUGCAUAUAACUUGGAUGACAAGAAUCAAUUAGUUGAUAUGUUGCGAGAAUACGUCCAUAAUGUCAAACUGAUUUGUGAGAGCAGUUGUGAGAAAACGAACUCCAUUGAAAUCAAGGAUAAGGCCAGAGAUCAAGAAAUUGCUAGUCUGGAAACCGUUCUACUGUGCAUUUUGGAUUGCAACCUACAAUCUGUGGACACGCUUGAUAAGGAGAUUAAAUAUCGCAUUCUUGAGCUAAAAGCAACUAAAGGCAAUUAGUUUUUGUACUGGAUCAACCUAAUGUAAAGAAACGGGGUAACGAAAAUGUGCUAACUUAUAGGUUACUUUUGUUGGGGGUACGUAUUCACGUGUAAAUGACUUUAACACAAAUAACUUUAACACGACCCUCUUUGUUUCGUACUCUGUAAAAGCUCUAAUUGGAAAGAAUGACAACUGAUGAUAUGGUUAACAGGAUUA